AUGAUCCGUUCUCUUCAAGCUGCCUCAUUCGUGAAACCCCUAGCUUUACACUCUUCUACACUCAACAUGUCGUUCUUCGAGUUCCCUCCCAAGCCCAAAUCUGCCCUGGGUUGGCACCGCACCCUGUCCCCGAACGCCGGCGUCAAAGUCUCGCCCAUUUGUCUGGGCGGCAUCAGCAUCGGCGAUUCCUGGAGCAGCAUCUUCGGCAAGAACGAGGACCCCUUCAAGCUGCUUGACGCCUAUUUCGCCCUUGGCGGCAACUUCAUCGACACCUCCAACAUCUACAACUCGGAGGACUCGGAGAAGCUCAUCGGACAAUGGAUGGAGGAGCGCGGCGUCCGGGACCAGAUGGUCAUCGCCACGAAGUACACGGCGGGAUACCGCGCGUACAACCGCGAAAGGGAGCCGCUGCAGAGCAACUUCACCGGAAACUCGGCCAAGAGCAUGCACAUCUCGGUCCGCGACAGUUUGAAGAAGCUGCGGACGGAUUACAUUGACGUUCUCUAUGUCCACUGGUGGGACUGGACGACGUCGGUGGAGGAGGUCAUGAGGGGGCUUCAUGCUCAUGUCAUGGCAAAGGAGGUUCUUUACUUGGGAAUUUCGGACACGCCGGCUUGGGUCGUGGUCAAGGCAAAUGCCUAUGCUCGUGCCAACGGGCUCACCCCGUUUUCCGUCUACCAAGGAAAAUGGAACGUUGCUCUGCGCGACAUGGAGGCGGAAAUCAUCCCCAUGUGCGAGGACCAGGGCAUGGCCAUCGUCUCGUGGGCAAGCCUUGGCGGCGGGCAGCUCUUGACAUCUGAGCAGAGGGAGAAGUUGGAGAAGGACCCCGAUGCCCGGCCAAACAUCUACGAGAACUCCCCCAUUGACCUUUGUAAUACGCUCGAAAGCUUAGCCAAGGAGAAAGGAACUUCGCUCCAAGCCAUUGCACUUGCGUACUUGCUCCAUCAGUCAACAUACGUCUUCCCCAUAGUUGGUGUCAAUAACCUAGCCCACGUCGAGGCCAUGCCGGACGCCGUUGGCGUGGAGCUGUCAAAGAAAGACAUCGACCUCAUCCAUGAAGCAUCGCCGUUCGACCCGGGAUUCCCGAUGAACUUUUUCUUCAGCAGAUUCAAGGACCAGAAGUACGAUCUGAGCCUGACGGCCGCCGACAACCAGCAAUACCGUCUAUCGGCGUGGAUUGACGCACCCCCGAAGCCUUCGCCACACCGAAGCCGUGAGAUUCUGCCUCAUGUACCGCCGCUCUUCUUCCACCGGGCGGCAGGCUUUCUUGACUUCCGCUUGGCACCAUCAUCACAUAUGAAGGGGCGUUGCCCACCAAAACCCGAGCCUCUGCACUUGACCUUGUUGAUUGUCUCUUCAUCUUCGCUUCUCAUUAUCAUCAAUUUCCACGAAACGAUCAACAUGGAGGACUGCUCUUCCAUUGACUACUUGGGCUCAUUGCUCACCGUCUGCACCACAGACAAGUACCGGUCCAUCUGCUUAGACGACAGGAGUGGCCAUGUCAGCUGCAACAUGACGAUGGGCGGUCCAUUCUCAAUCGAUAGCGACCUGGCUCACUUCUUCCUCCCUUAUGGCACAGUCGCGUGGAUCAGCAACAUCAUCGGACUUUGGAUCUGGAUUGCCUUGAUGAACGGCAAAACCCCGCUCAAUCCGAACCGAGAAAUCAAACACACGACUCUCAUUCCCUUCGGUGCCAUAGCAUGGAUCGUCUUCGUCGUAGUGAGCGCAAUAAUCAAAGUUCCCAGAAUGGAGAGUAGAGAUCUGAAGAUCAUCACCAUCUGCCGAGUCGUGGUUGCGGUGAUGAUUUACGGACCCACGCUUUGCCUGAUGAGAAAAACACCCAUCGGCCAUGAGCAGUCAAAGACGGCGGAAGAACAGACGGACCAAGACAAGGGCAAAAUACCAGAAGAGUCCGCCGAGACGAUGGACGAAAAUGUCGGUUCCCGGUGCCAUUCAUUGGAUUCUGUCAGAUCGACGCCAUCAACAAGCAGCACCAUCGUGUCGGCAUCAGAGAAGACCGGCUUUCUAGACAGCAUCACCAGCAGAGUCCCAGGAAUCCAGAGAACAGACACGAAACCAUCGACCGAAGACGACACGGACCCCUCGAAAAAGGCAACAAGCACCACAGAAGGCACAGGUGCCCUGUUUUUGGGAUUGCUCGGCCUCUCGCUCGUUUACAUCAUCAUGUUCUACAGCGUUGUCGGUAUUGCGAAAAAAGUCUUUGAUAGCAGUCAGAUCACGGAUGUCCGACAACAGCGAGAAGUCAGAGAUACCCUGAUACUCUUCGGCGUGCUCUUGGGGAUUGCCGUUGUCGCCGGCAUCCUCGGCCUUGCCAGCAACCUCAACGCGGAUUCGAAGCAGUCGGAGGACGAAGAGAGCAUCGACAGAGAGGAAAGAGAGAAGAAGAAAUCGGCAGAAGCCAAGAAGAUAAAAGAAGCUGUCCUUUUAGGUGUCCUUGUGCUGGGUGGGAUCCUCAGCCUGUGGUGUCAGUUUUUCAUGCUUGCCGCUGCCGCUAGGGACACGCAUGGAAUUGUGCAUCUCGGAAAAACGUCAAACCUUAGUUUGGUUUACAUGAUUCUGUCUAACGUGCUUUUGUUCGCGUUCUGA